AUGCUUAAUAUUCUCGUUCAUAUUUCUUGCCUACAACCGUUUUUAUAUUUUGGGGGUACUUACAACUGUCUUGAAUUCACAGAUAUAAGCUCGCUGCUUCAUCUUCUUUUUCUUCUUCUAAUUCUUUCUUCUUCAUCUUAUUCUUCAUCUUCUUUCUUGUUCUUAUUCUUUUUUCUUCUUUUUUCUUCUUUCUUCUUCAUCUUCUUCUUCUUUCUUCUUCCGAUUCUUGUUUAUCUUUUUCUUCUUUUUUCUUUCUUUCUUUCUUUUUUCUUCUUCAUUUUCUUGUUCUUCCUUGUUCCUAUUCUUAUUCAUCUUUUUUCUUCUUUUUUUCUUUCUUUCUUGCUUUCUUUCUUUUUUCUUCUUCUUCUUCUUCUUUUUCUUCUUCUUCUUCUUCUUCUUCUUCUUCUUAUUAUUAUUAUUAUUAUUAUUAUUAUUAUUAUUAUUAUUAUUAUUAUUAUUAUUCACCAUCCUGUUAUAGGUGUUGCUCCCCACCGCUACCAUCGUACAAAGAAAAACACAAUCCAGACAUCGACUCUACCCUUUUCCUCCCCUACCUUUCCCAAUCCCAGUGGUAUCCAGGCUUCCUCCCUUACCGGCUGGGAAGCACUUGCUUGUUUUCCCGUCUUUUCUGAUCGAUCAACCGUUCACAAAAUAGAAAUCUACUUUUUCUCUUUUUCUUCACUUUUCUGUCUUUCUUUUCUUCAUUUUACUUUACUGUUUCUAUUUCUUUUCUUCACUUUUCUUUCUUUCUUCAAUUUAUCUGUCUUUCUUUUCUCUUCACUUUUUCUUUUUUUCUCUUCACUUUUCUUUCUUGAUCACUUUUUCCUUUUCUUCACUUUUUCUUCGCUUUUAAAGAUAUUCAAUUUUUCUUCAAUUUCUUUAUCAGUUUCUUUCUUUUUUCUCUUUUUCGAACAGCUCUUCCUUUUCUUUUCUUCUUGUUUUAUUUCCUUCUUGUUUUCUUUCUUUUAUUCAGACUUCAAUUCCCCAAAAAAAACCAACACUACCAUUUUUCUUUUUCAUUUUAUUCUACAAUUUUUAUGA